AUGAAGGGGAUGAAGGGGGAUGAAGGGGAAAUUCAGAGAAGAUCACUCUCUAGCUUGUCAUCACUGGACACGUGGCGUCAGGCUGGAGGCCAUGUGCUCUACUCCCUCGGCCUUGGCAUGGGCACCAUCAUCACAUUCUCUUCCUCCCAGAAUAGAGGUGACAAUUACAUCAAGUUGGCCUCCUUUAUGGCCGUGGCCAACCUGGUGAUGUCAUUGCUGAGCACAUCCAUCAUCUUCCUGGUGCUGGGGUUCUGGACUACAGCCAGCGGCUCCAGCUGUAUUGAGAAAAACGUCUCCAAUCUGAUCAGGAUGAUAGCUGAAGGUGUGCUACCCCAGACCUCCUGGCUUCCCAAAGACAUCAUCCACAAACCACCACUGGAAUACAUGAACUGGGUCAGCCAGCUUCCCGGGAACCUCCAGAAAGAGGUGGUGCAUUUGUCCCUGCCCUGCAGCAUCAUGGUGCAGGAGAAGGUCAUGGAGAGCCCUGGCCUAGCAUAUGUGGUCUUCUCUCAAGUUGUCUCAUUGUUUCCUGGUUCCUCUUUCUGGGCCAUCAUGUUUUUCAUGGUUCUGGUCAUCAUGGGUCUGGGCACCAUGAUAAUGCUCCUGGAGGGCAUCGUGCUUCCCCUGCAGAACAACAUCUCCACCUUCACAAAGUAUCCCAAGGUGGUACCAGUGGUUGUCUGCUUGGGAGGACUUCUGGGCAGCCUCGUCUUCUCCAGCCGCCCCGGAAGCUACAUGGUGCUGCUGUUGGAUGACCACCUGGUCCCCAUGGUCCUCGUCACCAUUGUGGUGUUCCAGAACCUUUCUCUGGCUUGGGUCUAUGGAAUCAGGAGGUUUAGGGCUGAGAUGUUUGGCCAGCUGGGCCGCCUGGUAUGGGCACCCUUCACCUUCCUGUGGAGCUACGUGACGUUGCCCACACUGCUGACUCUGUUCAUCGUCUACUUCCUGAAUCUCUACCACAGGGAACCCCUCAAUUAUAUGGCCUGGAAUAACAGUAUGGGCCAGGAAGUGAGGCAGCCUUACCAGAAGAUAGUCCUGAGCUGGGUCACCUUUCUCAGUAUCCUGGCACUUCUGCCUAUUCCGGUGCCAACACUGUACCACUGGUGGUACCUGGAUGACCACAUUAUCUGUGAGCUCGUAGAAGAGGCUUCAUCCUCUGAGAAGACAGAAACAGCAUUCAACAUGGCCAACCAGUGGCCUGCACACUCCCAGAGAAGACUCACCUUCAGAGCCCAGGACAAAAGCCAGACUCUACUCCUAGGCAAGAUUCCCGGAGAGGCCUUCUUCCUUAGUUCCCUCAACCCUGUUGGCAAAAUGGGAACAGGUUCAGCCUUACCUAUCCCUGAGGCACCAGAGGUCAUGACCCUCGCAGCAAGUGACCUUGACUUCCACAGCCCUGGACAGAAGUGA